AUGCAAAUCACCAUCCUCCCCGCCUCCUCCAAAACCGCCCAAGCAACCAUCCGCUCCCUCCUCUCCACCCCCACCAACACUAACCUCCACAUCCGCGGCCUCUACCGCGAUCCCACCCGCGCCCCACCCGAGUUCACCUCCCACCCUAACUUCCACGCCACCCACGGCGACAUCCGCGAUGCGAGCACCCUAGAUUUGGCUGGCACAGACGCCCUCUUCGCCAUGACGCCCCCGAAUUAUAGCGUGGAUGAUAUCUUCCAGUGGGCGAGGGAUGCGUCGGAGAAUACGAAGGCUGCUAUUGGCGAAAUCCGAACAAACCACAUCGCGGAGCAAGUCCUACGCGAUGCAGCACCGGAAGUGGUCAUUGUACGCGCAGCGUAUUUUAUGGAGAAUUGGGCGGGAGGAGUCAGUUCUGUUAAGGAUCAAGAGAACCCGUAUUUCGAGUCGGCUAUUACGCCGGUUGAGUAUGAAAUACCAAUGGUCGCCGCCAAAGAUAUCGGAGAAGCAUGCGCAACUCAUCUCCUUGGCCCAUCUCUCCCAGAGAGCCCGUAUAUCUUCGAACUGCACGGGCCAAAAACAUACAGUGUCCUCGAUGUGCAGCGUGCGUUUCAAGACGCCACUGGCAAAGAUGUAGCCGUCAGGCCUGUGGAGAAGCAAGACCUCUCUGCUUUCUUUGGACGGUUUCUACCCCCCGCGCUGGUGGGGCCGUUUGUGGAGAUGACGGUGGGGUUUCUUCCUGGGGGCGUGAUGGUUCAAGGUAAUGCCGGUGUGGAGAAGAGGGUGAAGAAGGGGAGGAUGGGUUUGGGGGAGGUUAUUGGGGGAUGGUUUGAGGGUUCGACUUGA